UCUCAUAAAUUUUCAUUGUUCUUCGCCUUUACCUUGCUCAAGAAUGCAGAGAAAGUAAAAUCCUUCGGGAACUCGGCCGGAAAAUCCGCAGAAACCCUAGAACUUCGAUUCCACGGCGAAGACCUCCGUCCACGGCGCCACCCACCGCGAAUCCUCUGGCGACGACCGGCCGAAUCGCACCGCGCCGGCCUCCUCCUCAUUUGCAGCGACGCAGAAGCCCUAGCGAUCUCAUCAUGGCGGAGACCUCCGUCCGCGGCGCCGUCCGCCGCGAAUCCUCCGGCGACGACCGGCCGAAUCGCGCCGAACGAAACCGAACCUAUCCUCCUCCUAUGAGCCCUAGGGAUCUCAUCAGCGACUUGCCAGACGCCGUGAUACACCACAUCUUCUCCUUCCUGCCCCUCGAAGACGUCGUGAAGACCGGCGUCCUCUCCAAGCGCUGGCAGUCCACUUGGACCACCACCACCCAACUCGUCUUCAACGACCUCCGGCCUCGCCAUCGCGACCCCUACUACCCGGACUACCCGUCCCUCGUCGACAGCGUCCUGUCCCGGUGCACCUCGCCCGCGGUGAAGAGGUUCCACAUCACCAUCUUCAAGUGCGACGAGGCCUACCCCAAGCUCGACCUCUGGCUGCGCUUCGCGGAGGGGCGCGGUGUGGAGGAUCUUCGCCUGGUUCUUAUUCCCAAUCUGGAGUUCUUUUAUAAGCUGCCGCGGUUCUUGUAUCGCUUGAGUCGGUUGGUGCGCCUAAAAGUCAGUGGCUGCUGUCUUUCGUUGGGUACUGCUGUUAGGUGGCCUUGUCUCAAGUUCUUGUUGUUAGAUUGCGCGGAGUUGAGUGAUGAUAUCCUGGAGGGAAUUGUCAGGGGAAGUCCUGUUUUGGAGUCCCUUGCGUUGCGCUAUUGCAGGGGCGUGAAGAACAUUAUAAUACAUUCAACAAGUGUGAAACGGUUAAUACUCGUCGAAGACGGGCUUUCUAACUCGGAGAAAAUUUGGGCCCCGCAUUUGCUGUCCCUGCGUGUAUCAGGGAUUUGUUCUCUUCAUUCCGUGUUCAGACUUGACGACGUAUCUUCUUUGGUGGAAGCCGAGUUACAUUUUGCGGUGUCUGGUGACAGGAUAGGCCACCGCGACUUGUUAAAGGAACUUCUUGAGAAGCUGCGCAGAGUUUCUACAAUCACCAUUGGCUAUUGGUGUUUGCAGAUUCUGUCUGCUUUGGAGAUGGAAGGAGUGCCAUGUCCAUUGUCAAAAUGUCAGAAUCUGAUACUACGCGCGCCAGUUAGUCAAUGGGAACUUCCCGGGAUAGCAUACAUGCUACGAAGUUCACAGCGCGUAGAAAAAUUAGUCAUACACCUGACUCACUCUUGCCCAUCGACGGGUACCCAUGUGCAGCUUAAGCUCGACGAAGAAUCUAUAGAACGUUUUAACGAAGAUCUUUUGUCACAGAAGGGGAACUUUCAAUGUUUGGCAGAACAUCUCAAGAGGGUGGAGAUCAUCGGUUUUGCUAGUAGUUUUGGGUCGAAACAUCUGCUUGCCCUAAUUAAGUUUCUUCUUGGUGAUGCACUUACGCUGGAGAAGAUGAUUAUCAAGGCUGAUUUCCCUGCACAACGUGGACAAAAACAUCUUGAAGCCGCUGAUCUUUCCAAACUACUUGGUGUGAGCCGAAAUGUGCUCAGCCAUCGAAGAGCUUCCCAAAAUGCAGAAGUUAUCUUCGAUUAUCCUUUGGAAGAGUUGUCCUUAAAAAAGCAUAUGAGGAAGAUCCAGGUUUCUGAACUUGGAUGAGCACUACACUGCUCAUUCUAAACAGGACCAUCACAUUUCUUUAUUGUGCUGAACUGGAUAAGCAUGGAAAAAAACGGCUUGCUGUGAUGAAUGGCUUUUGUAUGCAGUUGUUGUCGUUGCCUCUUUAAGCUUGUAGUCAGUUUGGUGGUCAAAAGCCUAAAACUUUAGGAUUUUCUAUUCGUAAUACUCACAUCUGUGACUGGGUUUUGACUCUUUCUUACAUUUAUCAAGUUCUAAUUCGCUAUUGUUGUGGUAGUAAACAUGUUUGAUCUGUCCGAGAUGAAAGCCAAUAUUUUGGGGCAAGAUUUGAACUUCAAAUUGUCCCAACUAUUUAGAGUCGAAGUAAUGACAAGAAAUGUUUGCAAUGUGUUGCAGCCACUUGAGGGCAUUUUGUAUGAUCGGCUGCUGUGAGGCGCAGGUUGCCAUGGACAAGUUAAGAGAGAAGUUCCGGGGAUCAAAGAAAGUCGGAGAAGGGCACAUGGCAGAAUGAGCAAGAUGAAGGAUGGCUUUUGACUUUGAGAUGAUGAAACUAGCUAUCCCGACUUAGUACAGCUUCUCGUUUUUUUUGUUAUGAGGCACUUUUACAUAGGGUAGGAUCAAGUUGCAAACUUUAUUUGCACCAGCAAGGUUUCUUUGGGACUUGUGCAGUUCACUGGUCCUUAAAGUAUCAACAAUGCUAUUUUUUUAUGUUGAAUUUUUUAUGGAUACAACUAUCUUAUCUUGGGUGUAAGCAGGUUUUUUCGGAAACUAAUGUCACUGGCAUUAUACUUA